UCUCGUGCGUCUAACGAACCACAUCGAGUACUAUAAAAGACAUUUCGAAUAAAAAUCGUAUUUACAGAAAGAAGUUAUUCGACGAAGGAAGAGUCAACGAAAUAUUUCGUGUUAUAAAUUAUUGAAAACAGAAAAAUAUAUACACACACAUAUAUAUAUAUACGAAAGAAAAAUGUUAAUCUUUAUUAUACUGGCAACGUGCAACAUCGUUUUUCAAGAAAUUUUCGCUAAAGAAGAAAAUAGAACGGAGGAAGGGAAGAAAUAUACGACCAAAUACGAUAACAUCGAUAUCGAUGGUAUUAUUAAAAGCGAGAGACUAUUGAAGGUUUACGUGGGCUGCCUUCUCGAUCGAAAUCCUUGCACGCCGGACGCGAUGGAAUUAAAAAGAAAUUUGCCAGACGCAUUAUCGACCAAUUGUUCGUCCUGUAGCGAAGCGCAAAAAAUUGCAGCUGAUAAACUAUCUCAUUAUUUGAUCGACGAGAAACCAAUGGAAUGGGGUCACCUCGAAGAAAAGUAUGAUCCCGAUGGCGAAUACAGACGACUUUACCUAGAAAAUAAAUUUUCUAAUAAUAAGUCUGAGGAUCAAGAUAAUAGCAAAAAAGAUUCCAAAGAACCGAACUUACCGUUAGAUUCUUAAAAAGAUCACAAUCAGCUAUGUAUCCAAUAUUUCGAAUAUCUUGAUCCUUUAAUCCUUCGAUGAAUGAUUUAUUAUAGUAGAAAUUUGUAGAGGAAAAUAUGAGCUUAAUAUUAAAGCAAUCAAAAUAAUAAUCAUGUUAUUGAUAAUAA